UUGGCCGGAAGCGAACCGCGGAUCGGAUACGGAAAGGAUGGCCACCAAGAUAAACCAGAAGGAGUACCUGAAGCGCUACCUCUCCAACGACAAAGAGAAGAAAAAGAAGAAGAAAAAAGACAAGAAAAGCAUCGGAAAGGCGACGGUACGAAUCAUCGACGAUGAUGUGGACUUUUCUAAAAUAGAGACGGUUCAGGAUGGCGAAGUGGACCUGUUUGCGUUGGGCGAGGAAGCUCCGCAAGUGGUGGGCAUCAUCGAUGAGCGACCACCGGAGUUGCGGGCGAAAGAGGACUUUAGCAGCAACAAGUGGAAGGUUGUAGCCUCCAACGAUGGUUUCGAUUCGACGCUUCAGGUGCGCGACGUUAGCGGCCGUUCAACCGGGCCCAAGUCCAGCAACGGCGGACAGUCGGGAAGAGCGCCACAGUCAGAUUCAGAUGAAAGCCCUCCGCGUAAAAGUAGACGAGAUUCCGAUAACAGUCCUCCUCGCAGGCGCCGUAACGAUUCCGAUGAAAGCCCUCCGCGUUCUCGUCACAAGGAGGUACGUGGAAGACGGGCGAAUUCUGAUGAAAGUCCACCGCGGAACAAGCGCAACGAUAGAUCCGACGAUGAAAGCCCACCACGGCGUCGUCAGAAGGAACGAAGGCGAGCAGAUUCGGAUGAAAGUCCUCCGAGGAGGGGAGGAAAAUCGUCCGAUAAAGCGAGCUCUAAACGCAGCACAACCCGUCAUGAUUCCGAUGAGAGUCCUCCGAGGCGAUCCUUGAAAACAACGGCACCAACCGACCGCCAUCGUCGCCAUUCCGAUGAAAGCCCUCCAAGACGUGGAAAAGAAUCGCACAGGGACAAACCGAAGCGUCGCGAUCAGGGCAGAUCAGCACAACGGUAUGAUUCGGAUGAAAGUCCACCUCGAAAGCGCAGAAGCGAGAAAUCGCCUUCCAAUCAGCGUCGUGAUCGUGAUCGUGGUGGCGAAUCGUCCGCUAAAAGUCAUCGCAAGCGUCAGGAUUCCGACGAAAGCCCUCCACGACGCAGAAGAAACGAUUCACCGAAUGGUGUGGGAAGGAAAGAUCGACAGCCUACCGCCUUGGAACCGCCGGUACGCAUUAAGCAGGAACCCCAAAGCGAUUCGGACCUUUCACCACCGCGUGCGGCAGUGCGACGACGAGAUUCGGAUGAAAGUCCGCCGAGGAGAGGAACGACACGGCGACGCUCAAAAAGCCCCGCAGUACGCAAACCACACAGGCCAGUGCUGGUGAAGGAAGAACGAAGCUCUCGCUCCCCAUCAAACCGUCGCUCACCAUCGCCGGAAGCAGGUCCAAGUCGGAUGACUAAAACCCUUGAUGGAAAGCGUGCCGGUCUGCAAGAGGCAAGUGCUGUCCGGGAGGAGAACGAGCGAUUCCGUCAAAGGGAGAAGGAAAUGUUUGAGAAAAUGUCAUCGGAUGUUACGGGACGAUACGCAGAGACAGUCGUACGGGGUAGAUCCCGGCGAGACAUCGAAAAGGAGCUACGAGAAGAGUUUGAGAAGCGCAAACAUGAGGAAAAAAAGAAGGAAAUUUACACCCGAUGGGGCAAAGGAGUUAAACAAACUGAAGAUUAUAAUGCUCGCCUCCAGGAGGCAGCUCACGAGAUGGAGAAACCAUUGGCACGCUACGCGGACGAUACUGAUUUGGACGACUAUCUGAAAAAGCAGGAUCGCCUCGGUGACCCAAUGUUGGACUAUUUGCGCAGCAAGCGAAAGGAGGAGAACAAGCGGGCCGGUAUACCGGAAAAGCCAACGUACCAGGGUGCGUUUCCGGACAAUCGAUUUAACAUACGGCCCGGAUAUCGUUGGGAUGGCGUAGACCGUUCGAAUGGCUUCGAAAAGCGAUGGUUCGAGACGAUGAGUAAGAAGAAGGCUGGCGAAGAGGAAGCGUACAAGUACAGCGUUGAGGACAUGUAAUCUUGAGAUGAGGACUAUGAAAAGAAAUAAAGAAAUUUUAAAAGAA